UGGGGAACGCAACCUCUGCGGCUGCAUCUGUUCUCUGUCUCCCACACCACACAAACUCCCUUGUGAAUGCUUGCUGGGGUGGAUGCACUUCUGUUCUGUGUCCUUCCCCAUCAGCUGCUCCUGCAGGGUGGUGGAUUGUAGUUACUUCUCUGAAGAAAUCAGCACCCAUUAGGAAAUGGCCAAAGUCGAAAGGUUUGCUUUUCAUGUUCCAAGUCUGGAGGAGCUUGCGGGGGUUUUGCAGAAAGGGCUGAAAGAAAACUUUGCUGAUGCUCAAGUGUCUGUUGUAGACUGCCCUGAUCUGACUCAGGAACCCUUCAACUUUCCUGCCAAAGGAAUCUGCGGGAAACCUAGGAUAGCAGAUGUGGGAGGUGUUCCUUACCUCAUACCUGUUGUACAGAAAGAAAAAGUUUAUGAUCUAAAUACAGUUGCAAAGGACAUAGAGCUGCCUGGAGCUUUUAUUCUUGGAGCUGGAGCUGCUUCAUUUAAGGUUCUUGGAGUAAACGCUGAGCUUAUCCCUAUUGUUCAAACUAAGAGUGAAAAAAAACCUGCUGUAAAUGGGAGCUACGUUGCUCAGAUAAAUCCUGCAGAUAAAGGCUGCCUGCUUGAGAAGUACAGCAGUAAAUACACUGACUGUGAGUUUGGGCUCUUGGCCAACCUUUAUGCCAGCGAAGGCCAACCUGGUAAGGUCAUUGAAGUGAAAGCCAAUGGAAGAACUGGGGAACUGAACUUUGUGUCUUGUUUGAGACAAAUUUUAGAGAAACAGUAUGGAGAAAAGCCAGUUGGGAUGGGUGGUACAUUUAUCAUUCAGAAGGGGAAAGCCAAGAUUCACAUUAUGCCUCCAGAAUUUUCUGCCUGUCCUCUGAAUACUGAUGAAGAUGUGAACAACUGGCUCAAAUUCUUUGAAAUGAAGGCUCCGCUGAUUUGUCAGCCAGUAAUAGUUUCCAGAGAUCCAGGCUUUGACCUGCGUGUCGAGCACACCCACUGCUUCAGCCACCACGGGGAAGGAGGGCACUACCAUCAGGACACCAGCCCCGACAGCGUGCAGUACCUGGGGUACUUCCUGCCAGCCGAGCUGCUCUUCCGCAUCGACAGGCCCCAGGAGACCCACCUCAUCGGGAGAGACUGAAGCUGUGGUGACAGUUGAAUCUUUCUACAAUACAAAUGCUGAUUUUUUUAAAAUGCUUUUGAUUAUUUACAGUUAUCAGAGUCAAGAAUAAAUAUGGCAGCAGUAAA